AUUGAACCGUUUGGGCACCGUGACGUGGUGGUGAUUGGUCACGAAAGUACAUCUUGGAAACUGAAAGUUAGCGCUAACUACGUCGUGAUUAGGUCGCUGGACGCAUGUUAAACAUAUUUACGAGUUGUAGUUUAUGUGGAAUAAAAAGUUUGUGUAGUUGUUUUGACGGGGAUCCGACAGUUUCCUGCUAAUUUGCUGACCCUCAGGGCUGUGUGACUGACUGACUGACUGACCAGAACUGAUCCGGAGGCGACAUGAAGCUCUACAGCCUCAGCAUCCACUUUAAAGGAGCGACCAAAGCCAACCUCCUCAAAGCGGCCUAUGACUUGUCCUCCUUUAGCUUCUUUCAGCGCUCCAGUGUUCAGGAGUUCAUGACCUUCACCAGUGCCUUGAUUGUUGAGCGAACAUCUCUAGGAAGUCGUGCCUCUGUCAAAGAACAAGAGUACCUGUGCCAUGUGUAUGUGAGAAAUGAUAACUUGAGUGCUGUGGUCAUCGCAGACACAGAAUACCCACAGAGAGUCUGUUUCACAUUGCUUGACAAGGUAUUAGAGGAAUUUUCUAGGCAAGUGGACAGUAUAGACUGGCCCUCUGGUAAUCCUGAAACCACAAACUACAAAGCUCUGGAUAUUCACCUUUCAAAAUACCAGAAUCCCAGAGAAGCAGAUGCAAUGACCAAAGUGCAGGCGGAGCUGGAUGAGACAAAAAUCAUUUUGCACAACACCAUGGAAAGUCUGUUGGAAAGAGGAGAGAAACUGGAUGAUCUUGUGGCAAAGUCAGAGCACCUGGGAAACCAGUCCAAAGCCUUCUACAAGACUGCACGAAAACAGAACUCCUGCUGUGAAAUCAUGUGAUGUCGCUGCCUCGUCCUCGUGGACACACCUAUCUCUGCCUUUCUGCUUUUCCUACAACUCCCAUCAUGCACCAGCCGCCAGCUCUCGACAGGGACAGAACAGACGCGGUCUUAUCCAAGACGGGCUGCCAGGAUGAGAGCAAGAAAAGGGUGGCCAGCCGUAGUGUGAGCUCUCUGGAUUGUGACUGAUGGGAGCUGAAGGAGUGAUGGGGUCUGGUCAGGGGAUAAAAAGUAACGUUUGAAUUAUUUUUAACCUUUCAAAUGGUAAACAUCUGUGUGGUGUUUCAGUACCAGCUGAAGGCAUACUAGUGUGGCGUUGUGUAUUGGUGAUGUGUCGUUGAAACGUCUUCAAACCAUUUAAUGUUAUUCAGAUUGAAUCAAAUCUUAAUUGUUUGAUCUCAACUCUUAAUUUUUUUGGAAGAGUAUUAACCACGGUUGUGCUUUUGCUUUGAGGCAACUCUGACAAUCUCCCAGUCUUAUCUUAUGUGUUGUUACAGCAUGUCACUGUUGCUGUUCGGUUGUUCAAAGCGGUUUUUCUUGCAGGCGUAACGUUUUAUGCCCACUAGGUGACCCUGUUUAUUCACUUUAUUGUUCCAUCGAGCCUCAAAGUUGAGGUCAAUCUAAAAACUUUUAUGUGAGCCAUGACAGCAAGCGGCUGCUCGGACAUGUGAUAUCAAAAUCUCACAGCGUAAUUUUUAAACACCUCUCCUAUACUGCAUUAAGUUACAUAAUUUCUUUGCUGUUUUCUGUCUGAUAGUGUUAAAUCUUCAACAUUCCCACUUUGAAUGAUUGUGUUGUUGAGUGAUGAUGCAAAUGCUUAAAGCUGAUGAGAAGUGGGAGAUUAGGUGUGAAAUGUAUAAAGAUGUUUCCCAUAGAUGCAGCCUGAUUGCAGUGUGGCUAACAUAUAAAACCCCCUGUCCUGUUUAUUCUCAUUUGCUAGGUGUACCAUAGCCACGCUUUUCUCUCUGACAGCCAGCACACAUGACACCUGAGCAAGUUUUACACAAGUCUACUCAGGCGUGUGCACUCCAGAGCACAUCUGUACCUCUCAAACCCAGGAUCGCUGAUAUUUUACCAUCUUUUAUUGCGACUGAGAUGAUUCUGGGAAACCUCAGGUGCUGUUGCACUCUCCGGCCUCUUAUUACGUGCUAGCGUCUUUUCUCAUAAAAUGGAUCUAGCGUUUAAAAAGAGAACAGACACGUUGAGGGAUAUCAAUCCAAAUCCACUCUUUACCACACUCCACAACUGACUUUGAUUUACUGUGAGCACUGUUAGCUUUUUAUUUAGGUCUGAUUGGGUAGAAUUUUCUUUCUUCGGAACUGCUUAAGAUGAAGAGAUGCCUUUGGUUGUGUAUUUUAGAUGUUUCUCUGCUUUUUUGUCUCUGCUGUAUGUGUGUAUGAUUUGCUGAUAUACAACAUCCAGCUGCAGGCUGCGUUGGUGUCGAGUGCCUGUGUGUAUGACGUGAGAAUCGUAUGUGGAGUCUGAAUUUGCUCUUUCCGCUUUUACAGUGUAAACUUUUGUGCAAUAUCUGCAGACUGUUGGUGUGUGUCUCUCUGUAAACUAGAGAGAAUAAAUGGAAAUAUUUCUCAUAAAGGACAGUAAUUUGACCUUUGUAUAUGCUAUUCUUAUGACUAACUCCCACAUGAAGUUUGACCAGGGUUGUUUCUGAGAUAUGUUUAAUUUGUUCUUUUAAAAAUUCCAAUUGAUGUGUUGAAUUUGAUCAUCCGUCAGAUCUGUGGAGUUUUGCUGUACCUACAAGGUCAGGUCUCACUGACCAGUGUGUUAAACAGUCGACACUUUAACAUUUUGAUCCAGACGUGGUCUUCAAAUUUAAAACAAGUACUUAAAAUAAUAAACUUCUUUCCUGUCUGUAUUAACAUUUUGUUUUUCGAACAUUGAUUUGUUCAUACACUGUUUGCAGAACAUGUAAUCUUGCUUAGAUAAACAGAAAAAUAGUUCCUUAUGUGCCAUGUCUUCAUUGUUUCAGGCAUCCAUGUGGAAAUUAUUUUUCCAAGGUGCCAGUGAGGUGUCAGGAUAUCCCGUGAUACUGUGUGAAGAAAAAGUUGCUCAUUACAACAAUAGGAAAUCAACAGUCUUUAAUCAGCUAAUCUCUAUGUUGACUGUUAGACAAGAAGCUGGUGCAACAUUCACGUGUUGUAGGAAACCUUAUAAAUUAGCUUGGACAAAUCAUGAAGGGUUCGGGGGUUGCAGCCUAUUACAAAUUGUAAAAUAUCAUAAAUAAAGUGGUGAGUAAUGAGGUCUUUUCAAUAAAAUUUAAAGAAUUUAUUACAAAAAUCAGUUCAAACCUUUAGAAAGCCUGCAGAUCACUCAGAAGUCUUAAACACAAACGAGACUAGUGGUUUAGAAAAGUACGUUUAGCCUAAAAUGAGGAGUUUUCAGUGUCAUGAAGGUGGCUCGCUUUUAGCCUGCAUAGCUAACCUGCUCCAUAAGAGGUUCUGUUCAGGGUUCUGGAUUUUCAUGGGCUAUAAGAAGCAUCUCCCUUUCAAUUCUGAUUUUUAAAUGAAGAAUGAGCGAUAAACCUGUUGAGCUGUACAUUGCUAAUCUCACCGAAUAAAGCCGUGUGGUUACAGUAGCACACACUGCAUCACGUUGCCACAAAAACCCACAUGUAUUCAGUUGGUAAUGCAAAAGACAUUUGUUUUUAUAAUUGGUUCUCAUUUGCUUCCUGAACCAUUUUGCAUUACAGUUGUCUGCAGCUAAUAGAACACAGGUUAGACAGUUAACUAUUGGUAUUUAUUACUGAUAAUGUUCUAUCAGUGACACGAAUUUCACUUUGACAUAUCAAUAAAUUACAUCAUGUAAAUGAUCAUCCAUUAUGGGACAAUGUCAGACCAAAGUUAACAGCUCUGAUGUGCAGCUGUCACGUUAGAAAUAAGCAGCUGCAUUGAUCAGUAAAAUAAAUACACCAACUUGCACAAUUCACAGUUUUCUACCAACAUUCCUCUUUUACAUCAUUUGCAGUAAUUAUUUUUAAAUAUUCUUUAUAGUUCUCCAUUAUAACAACGUGUUGACUGAAAGGACAACUGGUUCAUUUUGUGCAAAAUCUCAGAUUAAACAUCUCUUCUGUGAAAGCACUCAGAGCCUGAAGCAGAAAACUUGGGUUAACAAAGAAACUUCUUAACGACAACUGUAGUACCUGUUAUCUCUGACUGGGGUUUCAGCUUUUGAGUCAGUUUACGCUAAGAAAGCCAGGCUAAACCAAACUUGCUUCUGAAGUGACUGCUGGUUAACAUGUUAUCCAUUUCAUACUCAGUCCACUGUCUGACAACAGAAAUCCAUUGGAUUACUUUGAUUUUUGGUUCUUUAGAUACUGGGAGUGCAUGAAGACUCUUGUGUUCACUCUUGCAGCCAACAUCAGAAUAGUUGUGGUUUUGCUUGUGGCUGAGACAUUUUAGCAGAAGCACCUCUAGAAAGCGAAUCAACCUGGUGAAGUGAGAGGCAGCUGCUCUCUCUCCACAGCUCACCUGGAAGCAGUGAGGGGGCAGGAUUACACAAAGUCUGACACACAUAGAUUACAAUCGGUUCAUCAGCUGGCGUGUAGAAAUUCAGUGAAAUUUUUAUUCACUUGUAAAGCUGGGAGGCUAUUGAGUUGGUGGGGGGUUUAAGGAAAGGCAGAAGUUAAAGUGUUCAUAUCUCAACAACGUUUACUUUACACCUCCAAGUGUAAAACAACUGUAAAACAUAUUUUCACCACAUGGGACCUUUAAACCGUUAAAAAGAACACUACACUCUACUGAUACAAAUAAAUGCAUCGUGUCUGUGUUGGUGUAAAAUACGAGCUCUAAAGAGGCUCCUGAAUGCAGCAGGAGAGGCGCGUCUGGGCGCACAGCUGAGGUGAGAAGAAAACAGCGUGAACUGAUGAAGUCUCAGCUUUAGAAAUGUGGACGGAGGUGAAAAACAAGAGCAGGGCUGUCAUCAGCGACGGAAACAGCUCGAAGAUGGUUGACUCAGAUCUCAGAGAGCAGCUUCUGCACACUGUUCAACAAAGAAAUGUUUCAGCUGCAGCUGACACUCUUCCUUCUCACGCUGAGGACUCUUUAACCAAGAGCAGCGGAAUCAUCCCUGGUGCAAUUGCAGCCACAGUGUUCAUUGCCUUUAUACUCGCUCUCUAUGCGGUCCUCUGGAAGUGCAUGGUGUCGCCACCGCAACGAAAGCCCAGCAAAGUGAGAGUACGAGGACAGCAGAGGACUUCUGUGUAAGGAGGAUUAAAGUGCCUUGCAUCUGCUCAGCUGGUCAAUUCAGGUCACAGCAGCGUAGACUGCAAUCUAAAAUCAGACUUCGCUCCCUGGUGAUGAUGCUUCUAAAAGAACCAAAGAUCAAACCACAGAAAAAACUGAAUCAACUAAGCGGGUUUUUCCAUUAGCUUUACUGUCUGCUGGAGGCUCCUGUUGACUUAAAGCUCCACGAUGAUGUGAAACACUGUUCUGGCAGGUCCGACUGUGCUGCUUGUUUUCUGUCAUAUUCUGUGAAUUCUGCACUACUGAGGGGCGGCUCAGGCCACAGCUUGCUCCACUGACCAAUAAGCUGUGUGUACUUGUGUCUCAGACACAGGGAAUAUAGUAUUUUUAGUUUAUGUAGAUAUUUUUGUAGCAGCAUCAACUGGGCAGUUACAUUUUAAGCAUGCUUUCUUGGCCUGGCAUAGUAGCUCUUUAUAUUUUUGUAAAGUGUAUCUAUUGGCCUUAUUUAGUAGCAUUUACAUCUUCUCCACAAUUUGAAUCUUCCCUUGUUUCUUAAAGAUGUUUUGGGGAAAGUCUCAUAGCUGUCAGGAACAAUCAGUCAGCUCUACUUGACUCAGCAUUUACUGUUAAAACCUGGAAAUGUAUGGUGACUAUUUUAUAUGUAUUGGAAAUUGACAUGGUUUAUUAAUUCUCCUCAGGAUGCUGUAACUACUGUAUGAUUUUUGACUGUAUAAUAAACUGUGACUUAUGGGUUUUUUUUUACA